AUGCGUAGUUUUUAUGACAUUCUAGAAGUGAGUGCAUCUGCUAGUGCAGAGGAAGUGAAGCGUGCAUAUUUCGACUACCUGAGAAGAAUUCAUCCCGAUAAAUCCACAGGUGUAGAGGAAACUGGAGUUUCUGUAAACUUCGCUACUUUUAUCUGGACAAUACUCAAGGAUAACAAUCGGCGUCGUGAAUACGAUUGUUGGCUUCGAGAACAGCAAUAUCGGAAAACGAAAGGUGUAGUGGCGGAACGGAUUGAUAUUGCCUACGACGAUAGGGAUCCGAUUGUGGAACCCUGUCGUUGCGGUGAUAAUUACAGUAUUACAGCCGAAGAGAUUGAAAAGGUCGUUGACGUUGGUGUCUUCCAAUUCCACUUAGAGCGAACGAUCUCACCGAUGUCAUCUACAAAAAUCGUUGUGGUGGGCGAAAGUGGUGUCGGAAAAACAUCAUUUGUUAACGCCUUGUGCGGCAAUCCCAGCGCCGAUUCUUCAAGUACAAUAGGCGCUUCAAUAGCAAUGGUUUGGCAUGAGUAUAAGGCAGGUACAUCAGAGCAACGAUCAGAGUUGAUGGAGUUGUGGGAUAUCGGUGGAUCAGGUGCUCACCGUGCCGCCUCGGCGGUCUUUCUUGACGGUGCUGCCGGCGCGAUACUUGUGCACGAUUUGAGUAAUAAGAAAAGUGAAGAGAAUCUGUCCCAAUGGCUUUCGUUGUUGGAUGGUAAACCUCGCCCGGUCGGAUCAUCAAGUGCGCGGCCGCUUAUUGCAGACAUUGAAUCUUGCCACAUUCCAAUACUAACAGUUGGUUGCAAGUUGGAUCUUGCACCCCAUAGAGGUCCUUCUGCCUAUGACAGAAUGAAUAUAAACUGCCUACGACCAAUUCCACCAGGUUCUACUGCGAGUAUGGCGCUAGCUCGGUUUUUCGACGAGGCCAUCGACCGCACAAAGGCUCCUAUCAAUGAAAGGCGUCGCCGUGUGCAGCAGUUUUGA